AUGGAGGCGAAAGAGAACAACCAGUUCGGGUUGGAGGAGAGCCAUGGAGAUCACAUCAGCAGCCGUAGUCCUGGCGCGGCCGGCUUCGUGACUCCAUUGACUUCAUCCCCAAUUCUUUCAGCUUCAAUGGUGGAGGCCUUCUUCACUCCCGGUCUCUGGAACCACCACACAAGUUCAUGUACCAUGAGCUUUGGAGAAAGCAAUAUCCAGACCGCUACAAGUGGCAUCAACUGUGUACCGAUUGGAAAACCAGUAGCCAUGUCCAACAGAGGCAUGCUUCCAUCGCCUCCUCCCGGAGAAUUCCCCCACAGCCUACCUCAUUUCCCCGUCGAUUCGGGUUUAAUCGAGCGGGCGGCAAGGCUUUCAUGUUUCGGCGGCGGCGGUAGUUUCCGUGGCAUCAGCCUCCUCGGUCCAUCUCAGUCAAUGACUCCGCCCUCUGGUGCUUCAAAGGAUGCCAUCGGGGCUCGGGUUCAGAAGGCCGAGCUAAAUGUAGUCUCACUGCCUGUCGAACAUGGAACCAUCAAAGGCAUUACGAUGAAUAACAAAAGAGAUCGAAGUAUAUCUCACGUUGGCACCUCAAACAAUAAAUCCCGUGAAGGCAAUUUCUGUGAAGAAGGCCAAGAAAGGCAUACCGGUUCAGCAGACGCAGCUGGGAAUUCAUCCUCCAGUGAUCUUGGCGCAAAUAAAAGGAGAAAAGCCACUGAGGAGACGGAGAAGGAGAAGGACCAGGUGCUAAGAGGCCUACAAUCAUCAACAGAAACCACAAAGGAUAACACUGAAACCAAAUUCAAAAGUUACAAACACAGUGGGAAAAAUGCAAAAGAUAAUUCAGAAGCAGCAAAGGAGGGUUAUGUUCAUGUCAGAGCACAGCGUGGACAAGCCACCAAUAGUCACAGUCUUGCAGAAAGAGUAAGAAGGGAGAAAAUCAGUGAAAGGAUGAAGUAUCUUCAAGAACUUGUGCCUGGUUGCAGCAAAGUAACAGGAAAAGCAGUUAUGCUGGAUGAAAUCAUAAAUUAUGUUCAAUCACUCCAAAGACAAGUUGAGUUUCUCUCCAUGAAGCUUGCAGCUGUCAAUCCACAACUUGAUUUCAGCAUAGAAGGGCUUCUGGCUAAAAAUCUUCUGCAUUCCCAUGGUGGCUCAUCAUCUGCAGCUGGAUUCUCACAGGAGAUGAUUUAUCCUCAGGUAUAUUCAUCUCAACAGGGCUUGGCGCAUGCUGGAAUCUCUUCCAUGCUUAACCCUUCAGAUGCAUUUAGAAGAACACUGAUUACUGAAAUACCGAUGGCGAGUGGUUAUAAAGAGACUUCUCUGCAGAUGCACAAUUCUUGGAACGAACAGCUUGUCAUGCAAAUGACAUAUGGUGCUAAUCCUCCUCUGAAUUCACAAGUGAUAAAUAGAAAACCUGAUGGCUUCACCAUAUAAAAAGAACGGUCCAACCGAAUUUGGAUGCUAAUAAUGUCCAAAGAUCUCAAUGGCCCUCCUAGGUUCACUGCCAUUAGGUUACUCAGAAGUCAAGUUCAAAUAAUUUCCUUGCAUACAUUUUGAGGCACACAACUGUGGAGGCUUAUCGAUUCAGAGAUCUGGUGAAGAGGUACAGGAGCUGUACAAGCUCAUCUCUCAGAUGGUUGUCACAAAAGAUUCAGUGUUCCUCUCUAUACAUCCAAAGAGCAUUCUUAGAGGUUUUCUCCCUCUAUAGCAAAUGGAGGGCAGCUUGCCUCCUGCUUGGUGUAUGCUUUUGAAAGUAAAUUUAGUAGGGAAAAAUCCAUUGCCAACAUAAAGUUUGGCUACUCAUGUAUCCCUUAGCACUAGGAGCAGAAGUUUUGCAUAGAACAAGAAAAAUCUCAGAUGUAACCCUUGGCUCUCCUGUAAACUGGGUUAAUUUUCUGGUCGAAUCAGAUCAAGAAGGGAAUCAUGUGGCACUCUUUGUUCAAGUGGAACCCAUGGUUUUAUAACAAUUCAUCAGGUUAGAAAGUUCCUUUUA